CCAGCUUCUCCCCUCGAAGCUACCUUCGACCUGUCACGAUUUUCGCGCGAGGUCGUUGAUCUGUUGAAGCAGCAAUCAGGCUGCCUCCUUCGAAUGGACGACUUUGCAGAUGCCUAUCAGCGUCACUACAAUCGGUCCUUCCAGGCUUCCGACUAUGCCACAGGUUUAGGAUGCAGACAUCCUGGAGGCUGUUCAGCGAAUUAUGGCUCCGACACAGAAAAUCUGCUUUCCAUGAUGCGUUGUGUAGACUCAUUUAUCCAGGUUUUGGACGAAACUUCCCUGCCCUGCUGUGAAGACGAGGAAAUCACAGACGGUCAAGAAUGCAAGCAGGUGAGUGAUGAGGAAGACGAGGAGGCGGAGAAAGACGACGAGGCUGAUGAACGGGAAAAGCAUAUAAUUGAAUUUACAGAAAAAUUGACUACUCAUCCAGCUACUGAUCAGAUGUCUCCUGAGUUGCCAAUCUCAUUUCAGGGCUCUUCGCUGCCCUGUGCGACUCCAUCGAAGUCAGUGGGGCCGGUGACAAGGGAGCCGAAUAUAGCGAAGAUUAUUACACUGACACACCAGGUGCAAAUGCGGCGGUUUGCCAACGAACUCGUCAAGGUUCUAAAGACACAAAUCAACAAGACUUGUCGGUUGGCGGACUACCCCAGCCUCUAUAAAAAGGUCUUCCGAAAGGUGAGCUAA